AUGAGCACUGAAGGUGGAGGUGCUGGGAAUAACUGGGCCUUUGGAUACUCUGAGGGUGUCCGUGUCAAAGACGAACUGCUGGAAAUGCUUGACAGGGAAGCCGAGUCUAGCGAUUCGUUGGAGGGAUUUGUUUUGGUGCAUUCUAUUGCCGGCGGCACGGGCUCUGGCCUUGGCUCUUGUCUGCUGGAGCAGUUAAAUGAAUUCUACCCUAAAAAGGUGAUUCAGACAUAUUCUGUAUUUCCAAAUUCAGAAGAGGUACUGCUUCAUUGGCUCAAUGUAGGUCUCCGACAUUGUCGUGCAGCCCUACAAUUCAUUGCUCUCUUUGAAGAGGCUGUGCAACCUAACGGACUCCGUGCCUCUGAUCGCCUUCGCAUUUUGGACCCCUCUUUUCUUCAGACAAACCAAUUGAGCAGGAUACCAGCGACCACCAAUUCCAAGACCUCCAUUCACGAUGUUCUUCGUCGUUUAUUACAGCCCAAGAAUAGCAUGAUGAGCUAUUCAUCUACCGCAGCCAAUGGGAAUCUAUAUCUUUCUGCCCUUGCCGUUCUUAGAGGAAAUAGGGUAGAUACAGGUCAGGUCUUUAAGUCGCUUCUUCGAGUGAAAGAGCGCGAACUGAUCAAGUUUGCCGAAUGGACGCCUACCACGCUACAAGUGGCGCUUUCUAACCAAAACUUUUCAUCCAUCCUUUCCGGAUUACUUCUUGCGAAUAAUACAGGAGUGGCCAGCGUCUUUCAACGGACAAUUGACCAGUAUGACAGGCUUCGAAAAAGAAAUGCCUUCCUCGAUAUCUAUAAACGCGAAAAGUCGUUCUGUGAUAUUUUGGACGAGGAAUUCGACAGUUCCAGGGAAACCAUCCAAUCGACAAUCAAUGAAUACAAGGCUGCCGAGAGUGUCAAUUAUCUCCAGUCACUAAAUGGAACAGCAAUCGAGUCCAGCAAUGCGUCAGAUAUACAAGCCCCAAAUACUUCUAUCAUUUGUCCUUAA